AUGGUUGGGACCUGGCUGGACCAGAUCCAGGGUUUUGGGCAGCACCUUCCGUUUGCCUUGUUGGAGGUAGAGCAGGCCUUGGUGCCCAUCAAGUCCCCUGCAUCACACCUGUUGGGCCAAACCCAAAAUCUAGAGCUGGAGCAUCUUGAGCCCACCGAGGCAACUCACCAAGGACCAAACCCAGAGCUCCAGAGCUCUCCAGAGCCAGAGGAAGGGCCUGCUCAGGGACCAGAGUCUGGUCCAGCCAUUCGCACUACCAUGGCGUGGCCUGGCCUGAGGCAGUACAUGAGGCCAUUAAGGAGACAGAUGCUGACGGUGCUGGAAGCCUUUUCUGCUGCUGUCAUGACAGUUCUAGGCGAUUAUCUUUAA